AUGUUCUUUGAGAGAUUACAACAUGUUCAGAGCAAUGCGGACCGCGUCAUGAUGUACCCUUCCAGUAUGCUUUUUGAUCCUGAGGCUCAAGAAGGAAUCUCCGAUGACGCGAAACUCCUCAUACUGGCCCGGGACAAAUACAACAUCAAACUGACACCGAUCACUAUCCAACACCGACAAGGCUCCGAUCCAACAUGGGCGGACUCCUUCACAAAGCUCCUUGCAUUCAACCAGACAGACUACGAACGUGUACUCAUGCUCGACUCCGACUCCACCCUCCUUCAAAACGUAGAUGAACUCUUCCUGCUCCCGCCCUCCCCGGUAGCCCUUCCGCGGGCGUACUGGCUGUUCCCAGACGAAUCAACCCUGUCUUCACAAAUCAUGCUCAUCCAGCCGAGCGAGGCCGAGUUCUCCCGUGUCAAAUCGAAGAUCGGCAGCGCCGGGGAGAACGACUACGAUAUGGAACUCGUCAACCAGAUGUACAAGGACAGUGCGAUGAUCCUACCACACAGGCCCUACGACUUGUUGACGGGCGCCUUCUGCGAUGAUUCCGAUCGCCAUCGCUGGUAUCUCGGCAACGACUACGAGGUCUGGGAUCCGGUAGUCGUCUACAACGAGGCGAAGAUGGUGCAUUUCUCGGACUGGCCGAUGCCCAAGCCGUGGCUGGAUGCACCAGAUAAUAUUGUUCGGGAACGCGAGCCAAAAUGCGUGAUGAAAGAAGAAGUUGAGGACUGCUCUGCCAGAGAUAUCUGGCACGGCAUCUACAGGGACUUCAAGGAACGUCGAAAGCGGGUUUGCGACACAAGUCCCCAAGAGAGGCCCGAGGCUAAUGCCGGCCACCAAGACCGACGGAGGAGGCGUAGACCAUGA